AUGAACCUCCUGCCCUGUAACCCUCAGGGCAACUGGCUGCACUACGCAGGCUUCAACCAGGACCACAGAUGCUUUGCGUGUGGGAUGGAAAAUGGAUUCGGAGUCUAUAACACUGAUCCACUAAAAGAAAAAGAGAAACAAUUUCUAGAAGGAGGAAUUGGCCAUGUUGAAAUGUUAUUUCGCUGCAACUAUUUAGCUUUAGUUGGUGGUGGAAAAAAGCCGAAAUACCCUCCCAACAAAGUAAUGAUCUGGGAUGACCUGAAGAAGAAGACUGUUAUUGAAAUAGAAUUUUCUACAGAAGUCAAGGCAGUCAAACUGCGGCGAGAUAGAAUUGUGGUGGUUUUGGACUCCGUGAUUAAGGUGUUCACAUUCACACACAAUCCCCAUCGGUUGCACGUCUUCAAAACCUGCUAUAACCUCAAAGGCCUCUGUGUCCUUUGUCCCAAUAGUAACAACUCCCUCCUGGCCUUUCCGGGCACGCACACGGGCCAUGUGCAGCUUGUGGACCUGGCCAGCACAGAGAAGCCACCAGUGGACAUUCCUGCACACGAGGGUGUCCUGAGCUGCAGUGUACUCAACCUGCAGGGAACAAGAAUUGCAACUGCAUCCGAGAAAGGGACCCUUAUGAGAAUAUUUGAUACUUCCUCAGGGCAUUUAAUUCAGCAACUGCGAAGAGGAUCUCAAGCAGCCAAUAUUUACUGCAUUAACUUCAAUCAGGAUGCGUCCCUCAUCUGCGUAUCUGGCGACCAUGGCACAGUGCAUAUUUUUGCAGCUGAAGAUCCAAAAAGGAAUAAACAGUCCAGUUUGGCCUCAGCCAGUUUCCUUCCAAAAUACUUCAGUUACAAGUGGAGUUUCUCCACGUUUCAGGUUCCCUCAGGCUCUCCGUGCAUUUGUGCCUUUGGAACAGAGCCAAACGCCGUCACUGCAAUUUGUGCAGACUGUAGCUACUACAAAUUUCUGUUCGACCCCAAGGAGGAGUGCAUCCGAGAUGUCUACACGCAGUUUCUAGAGAUGACUGAUGACAAGCUGUGACUCCCCUGCCGGGGGCGCCACAGCACCCACCACCUGCUGCCUUCAGGCUCUCGGGGCUGGUGCCAGAGCCCCAGGGGUCUCCUGGACCACGGGCUGGAGGGGCUGCCCAGGGACCUUGGUCUCGAAGCCAUACGUGGUUGUCUGCUUUCCUAAGGACUCCCAUUUCCAGUAUUAAAGAGAGAAUCAUCAUCAAGGCACCGUAGGUACUCAGUGCUGUGACCAGCUCGAGUGGCCGCUGGCUGUUCCCAUGAGUUCAGCUGUGAUGUUAGCUUCAGUGGCUCCACCGCAUCCUCACGCUGACGGGGGCUCCAUACAGACCUGGGGACUGGGCUGAGAGGGUGGAGGAGUUCAAGUUUGUUUUUGCAACAGAUUCCAUCGUUCUUACUGAGUCUGCAGCGGGGAAGUGAACAAGUGUGCAAAUGUAAGUUCUUACAUUAUAAGCAGAUUUAUAUAGAACACCAGCAGCUUGCCUUAGAAAAGGAGAAAGGAAUUCCUUCUCCCGUCCGAACAUGAAGAAAAACGACCUGACCCUGUAGAGAGAACACAGAGUGAAUGUUUCCCCUUUUGUGAGCCCAGCCUGUGGUCUUCUCCGUACCCGCAACGUAGUCAUCUGUGCCGGUAACGUCAUCUGUGCCCUUGCGUGGCGUCCCCGUCUCUGUUGGGGCCAUUAGAAUGAGGCGGACACCAGGCCACCGUAGAAGCCGAGCCUCAGACCUCAGGCGUGUGCGGGGCGGGGACGCGAAGUCUCCUGGUUACAUUCUGGGUUAAAUCUGUUUCCCGGUUAUGUGUAGGGAACAGCAGAGUGAUGCACGGACUUUGAACAUUC